CUGCCGCGCCCCGGGACGCUUUGAUUGGCUGCUCGCUGACAGUUUAGCGCUGCGGAAGGCAGUUUCAACACCUCUCCGGGUGGUCUGGGUGGACGUUGACCGUGUUACAGCUCGUCCGCGGACCUCGCAGGCUCGCACGUUGUGUGAGAUUAUCUGCAAUGCUGGAAUGAAGUAACUCAAGAUGAGCAAGCUGAAAGUGGUGGGAGAGAAAAGCCUUGCCAAUAGUUCCCGGGUUGUAGGACUCCUGGCUCAGCUGGAGAAGGUCAAUGCGGACUCCUCAGAGUGGGACACUGCCAGGCAUGUUACAUCCAAGAUUCUCCAUCUGGCUCAAAGUCAAGAAAAAACAAGGAGGGAAAUAACAACCAAAGGUUCUACAGGCAUGGAAGUUUUGCUGUCCACAUUGGAGAAUACGAAAGAUCUUCAAACUAUACUUAACAUCCUAAGCAUUCUUGUCGAGCUGGUGUCAUCUGGUGGUGGUCGAAGAGCAAGUUUCUUAGUUGCCAAAGGUGGCUCUCAGAUACUGUUGCAGCUACUUAUGAAUGCUAGCAAAGAGUCUUCCCCACAUGAAGAAUUGAUGGUGCAGAUUCAUUCCAUUCUUGCAAAGAUUGGACCAAAAGAUAAAAAAUUUGGAGUGAAAGCUCGAGUUAAUGGGGCACUGAACGUAACUCUCAGUUUGGUCAAGCAGCACUUCCAGAACUACCGCUUGGUUCUACCUUGUCUUCAGCUCUUACGAGUGUAUUCUACCAACUCUGUGAACUCAGUGUCUUUAGGUAAAAAUGGAGUUGUGGAGCUGAUGUUUAAAAUCAUUGGACCAUUUAGUAAGAAGAAUUCGGGUCUUAUGAAUUGUGUUGACAGGGUUGCUUUAGACACUCUUGCUGCAUUGCUAAAAUCAAAAACAAAUGCCAGGAGAGCUGUAGACAGAGGAUAUGUUCAAGUGCUUUUAACAAUUUAUGUAGAUUGGCACCGCCAUGAUAAUCGGCAUAGAAACAUGCUCAUUCGGAAAGGAAUUUUACAGAGCUUAAAAAGUGUCACAAGCAUCAAGUUGGGAAGAAAAGCAUUCAUUGAUGCGAAUGGGAUGAAAAUUCUGUAUAACACUUCACAAGAAUGCCUGGCGGUCAGGACUCUUGACCCUCUUGUCAACACCUCUAGUCUGAUAAUGAGGAAGUGUUUCCCCAAAAACCGCCUGCCACUCCCAACCAUUAAAAGUUCUUUCCACUUCCAGUUGCCAGUUAUCCCUGUGACUGGGCCUGUGGCCCAGCUCUACAGCUUACCCCCUGAAGUGGAUGACGUAGUAGAUGAAAGUGAUGACAACGAUGAUGUUGAUUUAGAAGCUGAAAAUGAAGUUGAAAAUGAAGAUGACCUAGAUCAAAAUUUUAAGAAUGAUGAUAUUGAAACAGACAUUAACAAGCUAAAGCCCCAGCAAGUACCAGGACGGACAAUAGAAGACCUCCGAAUGUACGAACACCUCUUUCCUGAGCUUGCUGAUGAUUUUCAGGACUAUGAUUUAAUCUCUAAAGAACCCAAACCUUUUGUGUUUGAGGGGAAAGUUCGAGGACCAAUUGUUGUUCCCACAGCUGGAGAGGAAGCGCCUGGGAAUUCAGGUAGUGCAAAGAAAGGAGCUGUAAUGAAGGAGAAAGGGUCUGUCAAAGGAGAGGAAGUCAAGGAAGAUGCCAAGGGCAAUGACAGGACAGUGGCACAGCAGCUAGCUGCUCAGAACAGAACUGCUUCUUCAGCCCAGGGCUUCAACAAUGAUCUUGUGAAGGCCUUAGACCGAAUAACACUGCAGAACAUUCCUCCACAAGUCGCCUCGGGCUUGGCUGCGGGAGUGAGGAAGGACUGCGGGCUUCCUCUCACUGUCCUCUCAUGCACAAAAGCAUGUCCACAUGUGGCUACGUGUGGAAACACUCUUUUUGAAGGGCGGACAGUACAGCUUGGGAAGCUGUGUUGUACUGGAGUUGAGGUUGAAGAUGAAGAAGAUACCGAGUCCAACUCAUCAGUAGAGCAGACGUCCUCUGCUGACGUUUCCGAUGGACCAGCACUCCAUGACCCAGACCUCUAUAUUGAGAUUGUGAAAAAUACGAAGUCUGUUCCAGAGUAUUCAGAGGUGGCUUAUCCUGAUUAUUUUGGUCACAUUCCACCUCCUUUCAAAGAGCCUAUUUUAGAAAGGCCUUACGGUGUACAAAGGACAAAAAUUGCCCAGGAUAUUGAGAGGCUGAUCCACCAGAGCGACGUCAUAGACCGGGUGGUGUAUGACCUCGAUAACCCUACUUGCACCACUCCAGAAGAAGGAGAUAUUUUGAAGUUUAACUCGAGAUUUGAAUCUGGGAAUCUGCGCAAAGUAAUUCAAAUUAGAAAAAGCGAGUAUGACCUCAUUCUGAACUCGGAUAUCAACAGUAACCACUACCACCAGUGGUUCUACUUCGAAGUCAGUGGCAUGCGGCCUGGUGUUGCGUACAGGUUCAAUAUCAUCAACUGUGAGAAGUCUAACAGCCAGUUUAACUAUGGCAUGCAGCCACUUAUGUAUUCAGUUCAGGAAGCACUGAACGCCAGACCAUGGUGGAUUCGUACGGGCACUGACAUUUGUUACUACAAAAAUCACUUCUCCAGAAGUUCAGUUGCUGCCGGCGGGCAGAAGGGGAAGUCCUACUACACAAUCACGUUCACUGUGAGCUUCCCACAUAAGGAUGACGUGUGCUACUUUGCCUAUCACUAUCCAUACACAUACUCAACCCUGCAGAUGCAUCUUCAAAAACUGGAGUCAGCCCACAAUCCCCAGCAGAUUUAUUUUCGAAAAGAUGUGCUGUGUGAGACCUUGUCUGGAAACAGCUGUCCCCUGGUGACCAUAACAGCAAUGCCGGAGUCCAAUCACUACGAGCACAUCUGCCAGCUCAGAAACCGCCCUUACGUUUUCUUGUCUGCUCGGGUACACCCUGGAGAAAGUAAUGCAAGUUGGGUCAUGAAAGGAACACUGGAGUACCUCAUGAGCAACAGCCCUACUGCCCAGAACUUGCGAGAGUCAUAUAUUUUUAAAAUUGUCCCUAUGUUAAAUCCAGAUGGUGUCAUCAAUGGAAAUCACCGUUGUUCCUUAAGUGGAGAGGAUUUGAACAGACAGUGGCAGAGCCCAAACCCAGAUUUACACCCUACGAUUUACCACGCAAAGGGGCUACUACAGUACCUGGCUGCGGUGAAGCGCUUACCUCUGGUGUAUUGUGAUUACCAUGGCCACUCAAGAAAAAAGAAUGUGUUCAUGUAUGGCUGCAGCAUCAAAGAGACAGUGUGGCAUACCCAUGACAAUGCGACUUCCUGCGACAUUGUGGAAGACAUGGGAUACAGGACUCUACCUAAGAUACUGAGCCACAUUGCCCCAGCAUUUUGCAUGAGCAGCUGUAGCUUCGUGGUGGAAAAAUCCAAAGAAUCCACAGCUCGGGUUGUGGUGUGGCGAGAAAUAGGCGUUCAGAGGAGCUACACCAUGGAGAGCACGCUGUGUGGCUGCGACCAGGGGAGAUACAAGGGUUUACAGAUUGGGACUCGAGAAUUGGAAGAGAUGGGAGCAAAAUUCUGUGUUGGUUUAUUGCGUUUGAAAAGACUGACUUCUUCGUUGGAAUAUAAUCUACCCUCCAACCUGCUUGACUUUGAAAAUGACUUAAUUGAAUCAAGCUGUAAAGUAACUAGCCCCACCACUUACGUUUUGGAUGAAGACGAACCUCGGUUCCUUGAAGAAGUUGACUACAGUGCAGAAAGCAAUGACGAAUUAGAGGUUGACUUAGCUGAGAACACAGGUGACUGUGAGCCUUCUGCCCAAGAAGAAGCCCUUUCUGACUCUGAGGUAUCAAGAACACACCUGCCUUGAACUUUUCUGCCAUUUUUGUUAAUUGCCAAGAAGAAAUGAAAUGUCUUGGGUUUUGUUAUACAGGAAAUUUGAAAGGGACAAGCUUUUAGACAACUGACUCGAAGAAGACAAAAAGGAACUUGAGCCUGUUUAGUUUCAAGACAAUAAAUAUAUUAUUAAUUCAUAAUACAAUUGGCAUUUGUUUUAUUUUAGGUAUUCAAUGUACUCUUUAUAGCAUUGAAUUAUCAAAUGAUUGAUUUAUUUAAAAAAAAAAAAACAACCCAAGUUUCAUUGCAUGAAUUUUUAUCUCCUGUGGCACCUGCAUCAAGUAGAUAAAUUCAAAGUGUGUCCAAAUACAAAAUCUAAAUUAUAGAGUGUUGAAAAUGAAUUUUCUCUAGACGUACUUGUGUGGAGGUGAAUUGUGUGGAAUUACUGAAGAUAAGACUGCUCUUCAGAAUCAUGUGAACUGUGGAUUGUGGCUGAAAUAAUCCAGAAUUUGCCUUGAGACCACCCCCAUUCUACAUUUAUCAAGUUAAAUAAAAGCUAUAUUGAACAUUGAGUUUAUCUUGUCAUCUU